AUGUGGGAGGUGAAGCUGAAGCCCAAUAUCAUCAGCUACAACUGUGGCAUGAGCGCGUGCGAGAAAGGGUGGCAGUGGCAACGCGUGUUGGCGCUGCUGAGCGAGAUGCGAAAUGCGAAGCUGAAGCCCGACGUCUUCGGCUACAGCUCUGGGAUCAGCGCGUGCGGGAAGGUCGAGCAGUGGCAGCGGGCACUGGCUCUGCUGAGCGACCUGCGGGAGGCGAAGCUGGAGCCCUACGUCUUCAGCUACAACUGUGGGAUAAGCGCGUUCGAGAAAGGUGAGCAAUGGCAUCGGGCCCUGGCGCUGCUGAGAGAGAUGAGGGAGGCGAAGCUGGAGCCCGACGUCAUCAGCUACAGCGCUGGGAUCAGUGCGUGCGAGAAGGGCGAGCAGUGGCAGAGGGCACUCGCGCUGCUGAACGAGAUGCGGGAGGCAAAGCUGGAGCCCCAAUUAGCUACAAUGCUGCGAUAA